GCACCACUCAGUGUCGCAUUAGAGGAGAUUGUGACCUGUAAUUGGACAUUCACGCUGACAGUGGUCAGUGUCGACGUCUGGUGGCGACUUUCAAUUCGGGCUCCGAACUAGAUAGUAUAAUCUCUAUUAGAUUAGAAGGCACGAAUGCAGUUUUAAAAUGUUAAAAUUUGAAUGAAAAUUUCUACAUUAUGUUAUUUAAUUACUUGAAACACGUAUUUUUUACUCUUAUUUAACCGUUUGUCCAUACAUUUCUGAUAUUUUGACUGAAACUUUUCAUUAAAAUUGAAAUUGUCUUCAAACACAAUUUUCGUAUGAGAUAUUUUCACCACCUGUAAAAAAAAGUGUAUUUUAUUUAAAUAGAAUGCUAAUUCGAUACGGCUAGGUUAACUUUUAUUCAUAAUUGUAAUUUUGAAUACGUGUUCAUUCCGCCUGAAAAUUAUUUACUAUCUUCGACGCUCCCGAAAUCGUGGAACAAAGCUCAGUGCCGUCAACGCGAAUAUCAACAAACACAGCACAAACGAAAAACAGAAUGUGAAAAACAAGUUAGAACCAGAAAAGAAAAACAGCAAAAUGGACUCAAUUUUCGUAGACAUUGGUGAAGGAUACAUGCAAGGAGAAUAUUUAGAUGAACAUUUAGAAGAUCUACUACCGGCCAACAUUCAUUCGAGCUGUUCUAUUGCUUUAGAACAAAUCACCGUCAGCGAAGCUAACAGCAAGCCUGAUCAAAAUGACCGUCCAGUGAAAUACAAGAGACGAAAGUAUAAUGUCCUCACCAUCAAAGAUAAGAACAUAGUCUGUGAAAGCCUUGCCUACAAAGUCAUUGGUUAGUUCUAGCGAAAAAACUGCACCCGGACGCAAGUCGUUGAAGGAGAGACUGACAAUUACACCUUGCAGCAAUGCAAGUGGUAGCCACAAAUUACCAUUACAAGUGCUUGGCCGCGCAUCAAAUCCUAGGUGCUUUAAAACGCAAGGUGUGCCUGAUGGGAUACACUAUUUUUCAAAUAAGAAAGCGUGGCAAACUAGUGCGACGUUUACUGAUUGGUCCUACUCCGUUUUCGUUCCUGAGAUCAAACGGAAGGCAGCUGCACAGAAUAGACCGACUAAUGCGCUUCUAAUUCUAGAUAAUUGCACCGCACAUUGCAGUAAAGAUAUGUUUCAAGUGGAUGACGCAGAAAUUCAGGUGAUCUUUCUUCCUCCAAAUGUGACAAGCUUUCUUCAGCCUAUGGAUCAAGGAAUCAUCAAUGCUUUUAAGGUUAUCUAUAAAUCGAAUUUUCUGCGCCGUGUUCUGUUAGAAACUGACAGCGAUCGCCCAGUUACAGAAGUUAUCAAAUCAUUUAGCCUUUAUGAUGCUAUUCAACUAGCGACUGAUGCGUGGGCCACUGUAACUCCAGAAACGAUUGCUAACUGUUGGCGCAAUCUCUUAAGUCAAGAUCAAAACUAUAACUCGUUCAAGGAUUUCACAAUUUCUUCACCAACAAGUGACCCCCGCGUGUUGCUUACUAAAGUAGUGCAACUCGUUGAUCCAAACUACGAACUGACCGAAGAAGAAGUUCAAGAGUGGCUAAGCAACUCAGACAACAUAGAUGUAGCGCAAAUAUAUACCGACGAGCAAUUGGCCAAGCCUCUGGUGGUGACUUUUUCGAGGCCGACCAUGAAGAGCAAGAUUGCGAUGCUAACGAAAGUGCUGAGGGUGAUCUUAGUACUUCGGUUAUAUGUACUCUUGGAGCAGUCAAUCCGAAAAACGCAAUGAUUAUAAGUAGGCUAUCAGCAUCAUGGAUGUACUCCAAAAUGUUCUUAUUGCUGUUGGUGAUGACCGUAAAUUAGUGGAAGCCGAAAAAUGAAAAAACGAAUAUGAAAAUGAAAUUAUUCGCCUUCUUGACGAAUAACAAUAGUGAAUUUUAAUGAAGUAUAUGGCAUGAUAACAAAAAUACAAAAUGAUUGAUUGUAACACCAUAAAUUGUUUUGAUUGGAAAAAUGGUUGAAAAUACUCCUAAAAAUUUAUCGUGUUGUAAAAACUCGCACAAUGGUAUAUUCGUGUUGACGGCAUUGAUUCUUCACUUUUAGUUUAUCGAACUGUUCCUGAUAAUCGGGCUGCUCUCGGAUUAGUAUUGCGACUGUGCCUCAUUUCACACCCACUGCUGCUCCCAAGUCUUCCGACUCGGCGUAUAGCAAUAUGGGAUAUUGCGUUUCUCACAAACAGAUGGCAAGUGACACAUGAUUUCCACUUU